UUUUGGGCUUUUGGAUCCCAAGUCUCCAAGUCAAGUCUAUUUUAUAACACUGAAAAACUAAAAGCUUCGUUUCAACUGUCAACAUUACAAGCGGGUAACUUUGGGAGCUGCGAGCAGCUUGAAAAUUCGUUCCAACAUUACGCUUUAUAAAGUCUUUUCUCUUCACAACAUUCCUAUAUUCACUUCACUCUUCUCAGUUUAGGGUUUAUUAAAUAUUGCUCUUCAAAACCCAAUAAACAGUUUCUAAUUGAGCUGCUCUGUAUACAAUGGAAUACGAAGAAGAAGUCCUAGUGGAUCAAAACUUCCCUUUAUUCUCCCGUAAAUCCAAACCCACCACCAAAAAACCCGUCCCAGCUCCAACCUCCAUCGCCGAAAACCCCAAGCAAUUUGACAAGGAGACCAACUCUAGUCCCACACCUAGUCAUAUCACCUUCUCUGACUUAGGCCUCGCCGAAUGGGCCGUCCAGACAUGUAACGAACUGGGCAUGAAAAAGCCCACUCCAGUACAGCACCACUGCAUCCCUAGAAUCCUCUCGGGGCAGGAUGUGUUGGGUUUAGCUCAGACAGGUAGCGGAAAAACAGCGGCAUUUGCAUUGCCGAUACUGCAUCGUUUAGCUGAAGAUCCCUAUGGGGUUUCGUGUUUGGUGGUAACGCCUACUAGGGAGCUUGCUUUCCAGCUUGCUGAGCAGUUUCGGGCGUUGGGUUCUUGCUUGAAUUUGAGGUGUGCUGUGGUGGUGGGAGGAAUGGAUAUGAUAACCCAGACCAAGACUCUGAUGCAAAGACCAUAUGUGGUAAUAGCAACUCCUGGAAGGAUUAAGGUUCUUAUUGAACAGAAUCCUGAUAUUCCCCCUGUCUUCAAAAGAACUAAGUUCCUUGUCUUGGAUGAAGCAGAUAGAGUUCUAGACGUAGGGUUUGAAGAGGAGUUAAGAGCAAUCUUUCAGUGCUUGCCGAAGAAUCGACAAACUCUUCUAUUUUCUGCAACAAUGACUAGCAACCUACAGACGCUACUUGAGCUUUCCGCAAACAAGGCAUAUUUCUAUGAGGCAUAUGAGGGGUUCAAGACUGUAGAAUCACUCAAGCAGCAGUACAUUUUUAUUCCCAAAAAUGUGAAGGAUGUCUAUCUGCAAUACAUUUUAUCCAAGAUCAAAGAUAUAGGCGUUCGCUCUGCAAUCAUUUUUGUUUCCACCUGCAGGAGCUGUCAGCUUUUGGGAUUGUUGUUGGAAGAACUCGAAAUCAAUGCUGCCGCAUUGCAUUCAUACAAGUCCCAGUCACUGAGGCUUUCUGCACUUCAUAAAUUCAAAUCUGGGCAGGUCCCAAUAUUGGUCGCUACUGAUGUUGCCAGUCGUGGUUUAGACAUUCCAACGGUUGAUCUGGUGAUAAAUUAUGACAUUCCAAGGUAUCCACAGGAUUAUGUUCAUCGUGUUGGACGUACUGCAAGAGCUGGACGAGGUGGACUUGCUGUCAGCUUUGUUACUCAGAAUGAUGUGGAUCUCAUUCAUGAAAUAGAAGCCGUGCUUGGGAAGCAAUUGGAGAAAUUUGAAUGUAAAGAGAAUGAAGUGCUUGAAGAUAUCACAAAUGUUUACAAGGCGAAGCGUGUCGCAUCAAUGAAGAUGAUGGAUGAUGGCUUUGAGGAGAAAGCAGAAAGUCGUAAAGCUCAGAAACUGAAAAUGCAAAACGAGAGAAAGGGAAGGAACAAAAAGCAGAAAAGAGAAAGAGUAGCAAAAGAUAUAGAAGUUUGAGAUCUCCUAUAUUUGUGAAUGGCAGAGAGUUUAGACGGGGAGCUGCAUUUUGCACAAGCGGCUACAAAAGGAGUUUUUGACUUAUUUCUCCACUCAUCAGCCAAAAAGGAGAAUCUCUACAUUAAAUAAGGGAUCAACGUUUAUUGUUAUUGAUCAAUUGGUCGUUCUUGAUAGCAGUGGAAGGGAUCAACGUUUCAAAUAAGGGCCGUGACAUCUCUUGAUAUUAUUUAUAUACUGCUUCUAUGUAAUUUGGUUUGAAAUAUUAUUUAUAUACACUUCGUGAAAUUUUUUGGCUGAGAAUCUUUUGACCAGUUGGAUCUCAUGAAUUUUGUAAUUUUAGAAAAGUAACGAAGGAAUUGUAGAUGAA